GUCCUAUCAAAACGCACGCUUAAGCCUUCAGUCAGGGUUUCUUGUAAACAGCGGAACGAUUUCUUUCUUUCUCUCCUCGGUCUCUUCUUCUCCCCUUAGAGAAACUCCACAUGGAAUCUAUCAACCCAAACCCUAACCCUAAUUCCGCCAUUGAAACCCUGGUUCCUUAUCCUCCUGAUUAUUCUACUCCCGAAAAUUUCGAAGACCACGAUCGCGACUCUUCUCUGCCGCCCAACUCCUUAUUUCCGGGGAAAGAAAUUAAGGAUUCCCAAGGUGAAAAUCCGGGGUUUAGUUCUGGAAACGGACAUGCGGAAAAACAAGCGGCUGAUGGUGUCAAUCAUGUGCCAAAGGUGGAGAUUCAGAGGCCGCUGGUGUCGGAGAAUGGAUUUACAAACACUCAUAGUGGCACCGAUAAGGACUUCUCCGGUGGUGAAGAGGAGACCACCAGUAGGCGCCGACGUCGGAGCCGAUGGGACCCGCAGCCUGAGAGUAAUGAUCAGAGUGGCGGUGAAUCUGGGAGCGGUACGCGGAAGAGGAAGUCCCGAUGGGCUGAUGAUGAUCCCAAGCCUGUAAUUCAACUUCCUGAUUUUAUGGGAGGUAUUGAGUUCGAUCCUGAAAUUCAAGCUUUGAAUAGUAGGCUUCUAGAAAUUAGUAGAAUGCUUCAAUCUGGUAUGCCGUUGGAUGAUCGGCCUGAAGGUGCUCGUUCGCCUUCCCCCGAGCCAAUAUAUGACAAUAUGGGAAUAAGAAUUAAUACUAGGGAGUAUCGUGCCCGAGAAAAAUUGAACACAGAGAGACAAGAGAUAAUUUCUCAAAUAAUCAAGAAGAAUCCUGCUUUUAAGCCCCCAGCAGAUUAUAGGCCACCGAAGCUUCAGAAGAAGCUUUAUAUACCGAUGAAGGAAUACCCAGGUUACAAUUUUAUUGGGCUGAUUAUUGGUCCUAGAGGUAAUACCCAGAAGAGGAUGGAGAAACAAACUGGUGCAAAAAUUGUAAUUAGGGGCAAAGGGUCUGUAAAAGAAGGUAGACUGCAACAGAAGAGGGACUUAAAGCAUGAUCCAGCAGAGAACGAGGAUUUGCAUGUUCUAGUCGAGGCUGAAACGCAGGAAUCACUAGAAGCUGCGGCGGAAAUGGUAGAGAAGCUCUUACAGCCUGUUGAUGAGGUAUUGAAUGAGCAUAAGAGGCAGCAGCUUAGGGAACUUGCUGCCUUGAACGGAACUAUUAGGGAUGAAGAAUUCUGUAGGUUGUGUGGCGAGGCUGGCCACCGUCAAUAUGCUUGUCCAUCGCGGACGUCGACAUUCAAGAGUGAUGUACUCUGUAAAAUAUGUGGUGAUGGUGGGCAUCCAACAAUUGAUUGCCCAGUGAAGGGGACAACUGGGAAAAAAAUGGAUGAUGAAUAUCAAAAUUUCUUGGCAGAGUUAGGAGGUACGAUUCCCGAAUCAGCAACCAAGCAGACCCCUACAUUGGCAAUAGGUUCUGGGACUUCAGGAAGCAACCCUCCUUGGGCUAACAAUACAACUAGUGCUAGCAGUACACCACAAGCAAGCGUUGGUGCGAAUGGAGUGAAGCCUGCUAAGGAAUAUGAUGAUACAAACUUGUAUAUAGGUUAUUUGCCUCCGACUUUUGAUGAUGAUGGUUUGAUUAGAUUAUUUUCAACAUUUGGUGAUAUUGUGAUGGCUAAGGUUAUUAAGGAUCGGGUUUCUGGAUUGAGCAAAGGUUAUGGAUUUGUGAAGUAUUCUGAUGUUCAGAUGGCUAAUAAUGCAAUUGCCAGCAUGAAUGGUUAUCGUCUAGAGGGCCGAACAAUUGCUGUUAGAGUUGCUGGCAAGCCGCCGCAGCCUACUGUGCCUCCUUGCCCUCCAGCAUCGACUGUGCCCACUUAUCCUGUUUCAAGUCAGCCUGUUGGUGUUUAUCCAUCCCAGCAGUUUAUGCCGGGUGGUCCUCUUGGGAAUGUUCCUCCACCUUCAAGUUAUACAGGAACUCCGGUUCCAUGGGGUCCUCCGGUUCCUUCUCCAUAUGCUUCUUAUCCCCCUCCACCUCCAGGUUCUAACGUCUAUCCGGCUGUUCAAGGUCAGGUCAUGCCUCCUUAUGGAGUUCCGUAUCCUCAGGUUCAGACAGGUCCUCCUGGUGCUCCAUCUCAACCUGUGACUUCAGGUGAAGCACAACAGAGUUUUCCUCCAGGAUUGCCAUCUGAAAAUCCUACUAGUCAGCCAUUACAAACUGCAGCAUAUGGGAGCACUUUAUAUUCGAUGCCACCAACUGCUCAACCCUCUUACCCGCCUUCGUAUGGUUAUUCGCCUUAUUAUAGUGCAGUCUCUACUCAUCCGUUGCCCAUGUCGACAUCAAGUACAGAUCAACCUCAGCCACCCAGCGGGAGUGCUCCUUGGGCUACGAAUCCUCCAAUGCCUCCUCCCAUGCCUUCUGCAGAGAAGACAGCUUCAGGUGCAGAUGCCGAAUACGAAAAGUUCAUGGCAGAUAUGAAAUGAUUCGAGUUCUGGUUGAGCAUGCUUGAAUUUGGAGGAGGACUGAUGUUUCUUGGAGCUGAUUACUUACCUCUUGCCAUGACUUUGUUGGAAGUUUGGGACUCACCUCUUUAACCUUGCUGUACUGUCUUGACAUUUGCAGAGAUUCAGGCUAGAAGUCCUUGUCACAUUGCCUUGUAUUGAAGGAGCAAAAUUUGAGCGUAUUAUUGAAGGAUUUGGUUCUGUUCCUUAUGCAUUUGCUAUCUAACAAUAUCUGGUUAAUUUUUGCUCUUAUAUUACUAUUAUUAUUAUUACUUUCUUCAUUACCUACUUCACAGAUUUAGGUAAUGAUACUUCUUGAUUCAUACUUGUUGCUUAUCCUAACAGUUUAUUGAUCAUUGCUUCCUGUUUUGACUGUUCUAACUAAUCCCUUAUUGUCAUGGUGUUGAUGCCUUCCAUCAAUUGAUCCACCAGGUAAUCUUGCCCUCAAUUUCCAUGUGAAUGGUGUGGUAGAUGGAAGAAUUGAUUUAACAUUUCUUCUAGUCGAUGUAUGUUGAUUGCUUGGGCUAACAUGUUUCUGUUCAGCAUAAUAUGCUUCCUGUUUUGAGGGUUCUAAAUUAGUUUAGUAUUAUGGUGGUGGUGGUGGUGAUGGUAUUCUUCAUGCCUUCCAUCAAUCCAUCUUGAAGGGAUCGUGACUUACAGUUUUGACACAUGGGGGUAUGUGGAAAAAUUAUCUUGAUUUAUAGUGUCUUUAUCCUUUCUUCACGUUUAUAAUAUAUUCUGAUCACUUUUUCCAGUUCUCUUAUGGCAGGUUAAAGAUGUCGGACUUGUUAAACUACAGGCUAGUCAGUUUGUAUAUUAUAUUGAUUGCUAAAUAUUUGUUGGCUUGUGGCCAAGUGCUAGGUAACUUCUUUUGGCGUCUUUAACUAUUUUGUGUCGACUUGUUCAUUCAGUUGGAUAGUGAUAGGGUUCAAGAGACUAACAACUUGAGUCAAGUUCUGUGGUUCGUGUAGUAGAUUAUUAAGUUCAAAUUGAGUCGAUCCUACUGAAUUCAGCUCCUGAUUUUUCUCUGAUAUUUUAUGUUGUCUAUAUGAUUAUAUGGAGCUAAAGUCUGAUACUAUACAUUCCAUGAAGAGAUUAGUUUUGUUGAUGGACGAUGGGUACUUCUUUAGUAUGAUUGGAGAAUCCAAACAAGUGUUGCCAAGUGGUUUGAGUACCAUCAUGGUUUCCGAAGAACAUACAUGAUGUCUUAUCAUUAUUAUUAAUUACAACUUUUAUUUUGUUCAAGAGCAAUAUAUUUUUUGUGCUCUUUUCGUACUUACAUUCCAGUUAUUCCUUUGAGAGUCUUGAAAAUACCCCGGGAAUGGGUAAUAGUCUCCUCUCUAUUGUUGAAUCAUGGAGAAGCACAAAAAAAAAUACUACUGUAGAAUUUUAAGCAAUAGGUGACUACCUUUAAUUAAUUAACAAAAUAAAGAUUGUAUUUAAUAAUAAUGAUAAGGUCUCAUAUAUGUUCUCCGGAAAUAAGUGAUGCUACUGAAUCAUGUAGCUUUUUGUGACUUCAAAGUCGUCAACUUCCCAAAGUUGGUUGGCCCUAUUCAACAGGCUUCUCGUGACUUUUUAAGUUCUUGUCAGAUUAGCAUGUAUCGCUGGUCGUGUUCUUGUGCCAGGGAUGCUUUUGUUAAAUUAUCCAUAUCCUCUUUGUUUUGCUCAAUAGAUUACACCUCCGAUUCUGUAGAGUAAUGGAAGUUUUUCUCGACUCUCCCAAAGUUUCAAUUUUCCGUCUGAAAAAUAGGAAUCGGGCAUUUGUCUUGAUACAUGAAGUUCCCACUUACAAUAGAUUACCUUUAGAAUAUAUGCCAGUUGAUUGUGGUGGUCACAGUUGUGAAUAACAAGGAGAGUAAUCUAUCAAGGAAAACUCCAUCCUCAAAGUUUCUUAUGCUUUCUUUUGUGAGGGUUUUAUUUCCCUUUUGUGCAUCGUUUAGGUAUUUGUAGGAAUAAACUACAAUUUAAUGGGCUUAAAUCUUCGAGACAAGAAAGGCUGUGUCUCUAGAGGAUGAUUAUUAGGAUUUUCCUGAGAUGUUUUUAUGACUUUGCUAACGAUUGUGAGUUCUUAAUGUUAAUCGUCAUUAUUAGAUGAUAAAAGUGGCACUGGGUGGUUCCUGCUGUGUCUGCCACGGAGGUUGUGGAUUCUUGCUGAUGAAGAAUUUGAUUUACAAUUCUCUGUUUCAUAACAGGAAUCUCAUGCGUUGGUGGAUGUGGUUGGUGUUUUGAGGGUAAUGUUAAUUGCAAAUAUUACCCUUGGGAGAGUUGUAUUACUUGGUGUUGUUACUCUUGGAGUCUUAUAACCAUUUCUAUCUUUCUUCUGCAUGGAUCAUCUUUGGUUUAUCAAUAUGAUAAACUUGCAGUGAAGUUACAUGCCUGGAGACCAAAAAUUUUAUACGUUCCCAUUCAUUUUUCAUCAUGCUCAUUAUAGUCAAGCUAGUUGGUUAAGAGUAUGUUUUGGAGUGAUUUUGGUUAAUUUUUUUUAGUUUGACUUCUCUUUUAAAUGGGAUUUUCAUUCCAUCAAAAUUGAACGUGGACAUAAUAGUGACAUACAAGAAAAUAUGCCUUUUAAGUUGGUGAAAGUGAUGAGAACUUCAAUCGUAUUGAAACCA